UCUGAUAUCUGCUCUCUGCAGGAAUGCAUCCUCUCUGGCAUCAUGUCCGUGAAUGGCAAAAAGGUCCUGCACAUGGACCGCAACGCUUACUAUGGAGGGGAAAGUGCUUCUAUUACGCCCCUGGAAGAUCUGUACAAAAGGUUUUCCAUGCCAGGAGUCGUCCCGGAGUCGAUGGGCCGAGGAAGAGACUGGAACGUCGAUCUGAUCCCCAAAUUUCUUAUGGCCUGUGGCCAGCUGGUCAAGAUGCUGCUGUACACGGAGGUGACUCGCUACCUGGACUUCAAGGUGAUCGAAGGCAGCUUCGUCUACAAGGGCGGGAAGAUCUACAAAGUCCCGUCGACCGAAGCGGAAGCCCUCGCCUCCAGUUUGAUGGGCCUGUUUGAGAAAAGACGCUUCCGGAAGUUUCUGGUCUACGUGGCCAACUUUGACGAGAACGACGCCCGCACCUUCGAAGGGGUGGACCCCAAGAAGACCACCAUGCGCGACGUCUACAAGAAGUUUGAUCUCGGCCAGGAUGUGAUUGACUUCACGGGCCACGCCCUGGCCCUGUACAGGACGGAUGACUACCUAGAUCAACCUUGCCAAGAAACCAUCAACAGGAUUAAACUGUACAGCGAGUCUUUGGCGAGAUAUGGCAAAAGUCCCUACCUCUAUCCUCUCUAUGGCUUGGGCGAGCUUCCCCAGGGAUUCGCCAGGCUCAGUGCCAUCUACGGAGGGACCUACAUGUUGAACAAGCCCAUCGAAGAGAUCGUCGUAGAGAACGGCAAAGUGGUCGGCGUGAAAUCGGAAGGCGAGGUAAAGCGAGGCUGUUUUUGUAAGCAGCUCAUCUGCGACCCCAGCUACGUCCCGGACCGGGUGAAGAAAAUGGGCAAGGUGAUCCGGGUCAUCUGCAUCCUGAACCACCCCAUCCGGAACACCAACGACGCCAACUCCUGCCAGAUCAUCAUUCCCCAGAACCAAGUCAACCGGAAGUCGGACAUCUACGUCUGCAUGAUCUCGUCCGCCCACAACGUGGCGGCCCAGGGCAAGUACAUCGCCAUCGUGAGCACCACCGUGGAGACCAACAAUCCCGACAAGGAGAUCAGGCCCGCCAUGGACCUGCUGGAGCCCAUUGAGGAGAAAUUUGUUAGUGUGAGCGACAUGUUUUCCCCAACUGACCUGGGCAGAGAAAGCCAGAUCUUUAUCUCCCGCACCUACGACCCCACCACCCACUUCGAGACCACCUGCGAUGACAUCAAAGACAUUUACAAGCGGAUGAUGGGCUCCGAGUUCGACUUCGAAGAGAUGAAGCGGAAGAAGAACGACAUCUACGGAGAGGAGGACCAGCAGUGAACGGGGCCCGGACGUCUC